UGUACUCCUCCCUUUGUCUGUGUAACAGUUCCCUUCCUCAGCCCAUCUUUCAGCUGUUGGGUGUUGAGUUAUUUUGCUUGAAUGUUGAUGGCAGCAGCUGUUACUGCAGUGAGAGCCUCCUGCCCGCAGCCUCCUGCAACACACACUAGACCUUUCAUUUCGUCAGUUUCCCACUGGAGCAGAGAGCAGCCUGACAGCUCACACCCAGGGAAGGAUCCCUUUAUUCCCUCACUGCCAGCUUCUGAUCAGGACCCCGGCACUCACAUACUUCCACUGGAACAUCCAGCAGCUGCCUGUCACUGAACCUCUUCAUUAAGUUUAUUCACAAUGAGCCGAAGAGUUGUUCGCCAGAGCAAAUUCCGUCACAUUUUCGGACAACCAGUGAAAGCCGACCAAAUGUACGAGGACAUCCGAGUGUCUAAAGUGACCUGGGACAGCUCAUUCUGUGCAGUCAACCCCAAGUUCAUAGCCAUUAUUGUGGAAUCCAGUGGUGGAGGUGCCUUUAUAGUAUUGCCUUUGGCCAAGACCGGACGGGUGGAUAAGAAUCAUCCUACAGUAAGCGGCCAUACAGCUCCUGUUCUAGACAUAGAUUGGUGCCCACAUAAUGAUAAUGUCAUUGCAAGUGCCUCAGACGACACCACAGUAAUGGUUUGGCAGAUUCCAGAUUACACACCAGUGCGUUCCAUAACAGAGCCAAUUGUAACACUAGAAGGCCAUUCCAAAAGGGUGGGCAUCGUCAAGUGGCAUCCAUCUGCUCGCAACAUAUUGCUCAGUGCAGGUGGUGACAAUGCGAUCAUCAUCUGGAAUGUGGGGACAGGUGAGGCUCUCAUUAACUUGGACGAACUACACAGCGAUCUCAUCUACAGCAUCUGUUGGAAUUACAAUGGCAGCCUCAUCACAACGACAUGCAAGGACAAGAAGGUUCGGGUCAUUGAUCCCCGAAAGCAAGAAAUUGUAGCUGAGAAAAGUGGGGCACAUGAAGGGGCCCGACCGAUCAAAUCCAUCUUUUUGGCUGACGGCAAAAUAUUCACCACCGGCUUCAGCAAGAUGAGUGAGCGGCAGCUGGCCCUGUGGGAUCCGAGUAACUUUGAUGAACCCAUUGCCUUGCAAGAAAUGGACACAAGUAAUGGAGUGUUGCUUCCUUUCUAUGACUCUGACUCCAACGUUGUCUACCUCUGUGGAAAGGGUGACAGCAGUAUACGUUACUUUGAGAUAACAGCCGAGGCCCCGUUUGUUCACUACCUAAGCACUUACAGCAGUAAGGAGCCUCAAAGAGGAAUGGGAUUCAUGCCAAAGAGGGGUUUGGAUGUCAGUAAAUGUGAAAUAGCCAGGUUUUUCAAGCUACAUGAAAGGAAAUGUGAGCCGAUUGUCAUGACGGUGCCACGAAAGUCAGACCUCUUCCAGGAUGAUUUGUAUCCAGACACACCCGGACCUGAACCGGCACUUGAGGCUGAGGAAUGGUUUUCAGGACAAGACGCAGAUCCUAUUCUUGUAUCUCUUAGGGACGGUUAUACCCCCUUAAAGAACAGGGAGUUGAAAGUCAACAAGAAAAACAUUCUAGAUAACAAGCCUCCAACUGGACCACGAAGAAGUUACUCAUCUUGCGAUGCUGGCUUUUCUCGUGUCUCCCUUGAGGAUCUAGUAGAAGAAAUCAAGAGCUUGAGAGCCACAGUUGAGUCCCAGGAGAAACGUAUCUCCGACCUAGAAAACCUGCUGCUUGAACUUUCCAAUGGCACAGCUUGAGGCAAAAAAGCCUAAGGUCAGCCCAGCUGGUUCAGAAUGCACUAGAAGAAACCUCUUGUCCUCCCCUCCUAAGAAGUACACCCUGAUCAUGCUCUCCAGGGGGGUAGGAGCCAUUACAGGGACUCCAAAAGGACAUCCCCAACUAAUACUCUUGCUCCAAAGCAGCUUCAUUGUAGAUGUGCCUCCAGGGGCCUUUGCUUGGGGCUACCUUUUAUCCAAAGGGACAAAAUGACAGAAGAAAAGUUUAAAAGCACUAAAGCAUUUAUCUGCAGCAUCCACACGACGAGAGGCCAGUGCUUUACAUGAUGGAGGGGAGACUGAGCAGUCUGGACUGAGCAAAACUAAAACCACAUUUGUAUGCAAGCCCCCACCACCAAGCCAUGUUUCUUGGACCUAGUAGUGACACUGUAUUAGAAGCACAUACAGUUCUAUUUUUUUUCCUUGCUGGUCUUAUUCCGUUUUUCUUAUUUAAGUUAGUGCUGCUGUAUAAUCACACGUAUGAACAAUGAAAGGGCACAGGAGAUUGACUGAGGGGGUUACAGUUUUAUUGUUAGCCAAUACCCAAAGGUUUGUAGGUUUUUAUGGCUGUAUGGUGUCUUUAUACAGCAGUAUAAUGUAUCCAGAUGUUUGUGCAUUGGAAUUAUAAAGCUGCCUAUCUAUGCAGGCUGCCAGUUAGCAAUUUCUUUUUGCAUUGCUGCACAGAUUAAUGCGGGUCCGGCUGCAGAGUGUCUACACUGAUUUGCUGUGCAUUAUUUAUGGAGGUUGUGGAACGUGGAGCCAAAUCCUUACUACUCACUUCAUCCUUAGAAUAAUAACAGUUAAAAAAAUUGCUGAAGUUUGUGCCUAUUCUAGUAACCCAUAGCAACCACUCAGCAGGCCAGUAUAUGGUGACUGGUUGCUAUGGGACACUAGAAUGAGAGCAAACCUGGCACAGCUGUUGUAUUAACCUUCAAAUAUUAAUUGCAGUAGUGCUUCAGAAAUUGUUGUUCCGUUGCUUUGCACAAUUACAGAUGUCUAGGUACAGGGAAAGGCUACUGUAUGAAGAGCUACAGCUUAAAGGGAUACUUUCAUCAGAAUAAACCAUCUUUAUAUAAUAUUACACAUUGUGUUCAUCAUGUUAAGUAGUUCUGGAAAUGAUUUACUUUGGAGAGAGUCCCUUUUUGUGCUUCCUUGGUACUUAUGUGACUCUCUUUUACUAUAAAAAACACAACAGUCCUGUCUUGCUUUAUGGCAGGGAUUCUAGCUAUACAUACAGGAUCACAGCAGUUCCACAGCAGUCUCACAAUUUCCCUUUACUGCACUGCUGCCUGGGAAGAACUGUGUAAUUUAGCUGACAGUAGAAGGGACAAGCUGAGGCCCAAGAAAGAAACCAUAUUUAACAUUUAUAUCAAAUAUAAAUCUCUAAUAUAAAAGAAAAAUAAGUUGGCUUAAUCAAAGCUUGGGGGAGUCUAUACUCUCACAAGUUUUAAUUAAGCCAACUUAUUUUGCAAUUAUAAGGCAUAUUUAUAUGAUGACACUAUUCCUUUAAAAGCUAAUUCUCUUUUUCUGCACUUUUAUAUGGAAGGAAGGUGAGUACAGGAGCCACUACAUUGGACAUUUUCCCUUAAAAUUUACAGUGGAGGAAAUAUGUAUCAUAUAUAGUACAAGCCACAUUCAUUCUGCUUAUAGAAAUGUUGAGAUUAAUAAUAUUGCUCUAUAUAUGUACAUUUAUGCACCCAUAUGUGCCGCUAAAGCGCAGAGAAAUAAUUCUCAUCAGUGAGUGCAAGAGUCCCACAAUGGGAUAAUAAACACCACACACAGA